UUUAUUGCGUUUUGGUAUUUUUGUAGUCGGAGUCAGCUGACAAAUGUUUUGAGUUUAAUUUUCAACAGCACGUUUUUGAUGAAAUGCACUCGGCUGCAACUCGACCAUCCACGACGUAUAUCCCAGCACCCAGCAUCAGCUCGACCAUCCACGACGUAUAUCCUAGCACACAGCAUGAGCGGAUUGCAUUCCUGGCGGCAGCGCACGUUAGUGUCCUGUUGUUAGUCGCCCCUGGCUGCCCCAGCCACAGUUGAAGAUGAGAUUGUUCGGAGUUCGGCCAAUUUGCAGUGGGCCACGAAAUCCCUCUGACGAAGGCGCAAGUGGGCCCGUGCGCAGCGCCGAUGUCCAUUUGUUCUCGAAUAGCAGUGCAACAGUCAACCAGGCGGCAAUUCACGUCUUAAACGUCUUAGCGUGCGACAUCAGCAGUUCGCCGUAACUGCGGAAGCGCCCAACUGUGUUACACUGCCGGCAUGCAUAGCCACCAUGGCCCAGGAUGGAGGUGGGGUCAAUUGAGACCUGUACAAUUCGCAGUAGGCUCUGUAUCCUUUCCCUUUGAGAUGAGUAAAUGUUAAUUGUACCCUUCCUCUUAGGAUCUUCAAAGUGACAUUCGUCCGGGAAGCAGCCCAGAGCAGAGCGCGUUUACAGACUACAUACGAGAGGCCGUAGUGGAACACCCAGCGGCACGCAGACGUACCAGAGCAUGCUUCUGGGAGCUAUGCUUUGUCCACGAAUCAGUUCCGACAGCCUUGGUUCCCUCACUGACGGCGUGCUUGGCCAACUCUCCGGGCAGGAGCAGGCGAACAGCCGUUUGGAUCUCCCGACUGGUUAUGGUCGAGCGCUUGUUGUAGUGAGCCAGACGAGACGCCUCGGCAGCAAUGCGCUCGAAGAUAUCAUUCACAAAGCUGUUCAUGAUGCUCAUCGCCUUCGACGAAAUGCCGGUGUCAGGGUGGACCUGCUUCAGGACCUUGUAAAUGUAGAUGGCGUAGCUCUACUACCUCUUGCGCUUCUGCUUCUUAUCGGUCUUGGUGAUGUUCUUCUGGGCUUUGCCAGCCUUCUUGCCUGCCUUUCCACUAGUUUUCGGCGGCAUUUUUCACUUCACUUAUGAUUUCACAAACACAACUCACUGCCAAUUUCAUGUAGACAUAUAGGAAAUAAUGUCGAUGUCUUAUAGAAUACAUGUUAAUAUCAUUUAAAUAAAUCGUGUGUAUAUUUAAAAUGCUUUAAUAGUGAAUAUUUAAUACAUGCAUACCUUAUGUAAAAAAAUGUAGCUUUCGUAAAAUGCAUAUAGAAUUUAAAACUGUGUCAAUUUAUUGAGUCGUGUAAAAUUCUGAAACAAUUCAUUGUUUUAGAAACUUUGUAUUCAUUAUAUGUACAGUUUUUUUUAUAAUUUAUAAAUAAUGCAUCAACACAUAAACUUACAAGGCUUGUAAAAAAAAUUAAUUUAAACCUAUUUAAAAAUGAUACAAAAUGAAAUUCAUUUUUAACGCUUUAAUAUUAAACAUACUUUUCAUGUAAGAUUAUUGUAGAUUUUUGUUAUUCAUCUAAAAUUGAUUUACGUCAAAAAAAAUGACGUUAUUUUUAAUUAAAACAUAUCAAAUUUAUCCACACAAACAAUAUAAAUCAAAUGAAAUUUGUUUUAGUUUUUCAACUAAUAAAUAAUUGGAAAUUAAUAAAUAUUUAAAUCCAAAAUGUGCUUAAUGUGAGAACUUUUCAGCGCGAACAUUCUUAAAUGGUAAGGAUUAAAUCGUUCUUAAAACAAGGCUGGUUGUACUUGAUUUUAGCACGGUGUUUUUCCGUGAGGGUAUAUUUUUUAUUAUAAAAGAUUUUUAACUCUAGGAAUUAUUACUUCAGCUGCGAUUAGUUUUUAGCCUUGUCUAGAGCUAUUAAUUGUUUGUUAGUACAAGUUCAUGUGUCCGAAAAAAUAAUUGAAAUUAAUUUGUGUUUGAGGGCCAUUCUAGUAUAAGAUGAAAUUUAUGUGUCGUAUUUAUUGUUGUCCUCUUCUAAGGAAUUGGACUAGCAACUCGCCAAUUGCAGCGUCUGAGUUCUGUUACAGUGGCGGCGUGCGUAUCGCCGCCAUCUUCUAACGAAUUGGGCUAGGGUGGCUCGACGUAUAAUUGAUGUAUAAUUGAUGUGUAAUUUAUGUAUAAUUGAUGUAUAAUUGAUGUAUAAUUGAUGUAAAAUUGAUGUAAAAUUGAUGUAAAAUUGAUGAAAAAUUGAUGUAUAAUUGAUGUUAA